GAAUCUGUAAUUAAUGUUUACGUUUACUAAAAGAAAGUAAAUAAGUUUUAUUUUAAUUUAAUGUGAAAUGAAUGAAAUAGAGUUAAAGAUUCAAAAAAGUAUUGUUCAGCUUUGUAAGUUUCUUCCUGAUUUUGUUAAUAAAUGGAAAGAUUUAUUAAACGAGGGUAAAAAACCGAUUCGUGGUUUACUUAACCUCUCUGAACAGUUGAGACAUGUAGAAAGUGUAAAUAAAGCACAUGAGGAAGAUUUUUUUGAGAUGCAACAACGAAUUUUAUUUAGCAUUUAUGUGGGAAUAGAAGAGGAAAUGGAAAUUAUUAAAAAGAUACUUGAUAAAUUAAACAAACUCAAUAACGAUAUGAAAAGUAAAUUUUCCACGGUCGAAAAUGCCUCUUUAUCCCUCGACUUUGACAAUGAAAGCUCAGUUUUAAUUAAAGGAAGUGCGUUACAACCUAGUUUAAUACUAUUAUUAAACUUAUCGUUGGAUUUUGUUGUGUAUUUCGUCUCUGCGUGGAAAAAUAUACAAAGCACAUUUAAAUCGUUGGAUGUACGAAAAGAAAAGUUGAUGGAAAAGUUUGAGGAAUCCUUCGAUGUCGAUUUGGAGAACUCUGCUGUUCAUAAUUUAUUAGCGAUUACGCAAUAUGUUGAUAACGAUAAAGGAUUAAGUUAAAAUACUAUAAUAUUUAUGUAAUUUAAUUUAUAAAGGAAAUAAAUAAUACAUAAACGAA